CUGGUAGCUUCGAGUUCGGCGCCGCGUCCGCCGCCCUUAAAGGGCCCGCGUCCAGGAAGCCUUAGGGCCAGGGCCACCGCCGCCUCGGCUCUCCGGGCGCGAGCGGACGCCGGGUCUCCAGCCGGGCUGGGUCGGGCUGGGGUUGCGGGUCGCGGUGCCGCCCACGCGAGCCCGGGUCCGCGCGAGGCCCAGGAGCGGCUCCAGGGAGGGGACGCGUCCUAUCUCAGGCCGGGGUUAAAGUUCUGGUCCCGGUGAGAUGCUGGAAGCUGCUGCGGCAGCCGCAACGCGCCCGGUCGCCGUCCCGUCGCCAGCCCCCGCCGUCCCGGGCCAUGAUCGCCUGGCGUCUGCCCUUGUGCGUGCUCCUGGUGGCCGCCGUCGAGAGCCACCUGGGAGCUCUGGGGCCCAAGAACGUCUCGCAAAAAGACGCAGAGUUUGAGCGCACCUACGCGGACGACGUCAACAGCGAGCUGGUCAACAUCUACACCUUCAACCAUACCGUAACCCGCAACCGGACCGAGGGCGUGCGAGUGUCUGUGAAUGUCCUGAACAAGCAGAAAGGGGCGCCUUUGCUGUUCGUGGUCCGCCAGAAAGAGGCUGUUGUGUCCUUCCAGGUGCCCCUGAUCCUGCGAGGGCUAUACCAGCGUAAGUACCUCUACCAAAAAGUUGAACGAACUCUGUGUCAGCCCCCCACCAAGAAUGAGUCUGAGAUCCAAUUUUUCUAUGUGGACGUGUCUACCCUGUCACCAGUCAAUACCACUUACCAGCUCCGAGUCAACCGUGUGGACAAUUUUGUGCUCAGGACUGGGGAGCUGUUUACCUUCAAUACCACUGCAGCCCAGCCCCAGUACUUCAAAUACGAGUUUCCUGAUGGUGUGGACUCUGUCAUUGUCAAGGUGACCUCCAAGAAGGCCUUCCCCUGCUCGGUCAUCUCCAUCCAAGAUGUCCUGUGCCCUGUCUAUGAUUUGGACAACAACGUAGCCUUCAUUGGCAUGUACCAGACUAUGACUAAGAAGGCAGCCAUCACUGUGCAGCGGAAAGACUUCCCCAGCAACAGCUUUUAUGUUGUGGUAGUGGUAAAGACUGAGGACCAGGCCUGCGGAGGGUCCUUGCCCUUCUACCCAUUUGUGGAAGAUGAACCAGUGGAUCAAGGGCACCGUCAGAAAACCCUGUCAGUGCUGGUCUCUCAGGCUGUCACGUCUGAGGCUUACGUUGGUGGGAUGCUCUUUUGCCUGGGCAUAUUCCUGUCCUUCUACUUGCUGACUGUGCUGCUGGCCUGUUGGGAGAACUGGAGGCAAAGAAAGAAGACUUUGCUGGUGACCAUAGACCGAGCCUGCCCUGAAAGUGGCUGGGGCCUUGGCUCACUCCUCCAUAGACACCAGGAAACUGCCCUGUGCCCGUACUUGUGUCUCAGGCAGUGCGGCUCAGCCUCAGGUCACGCUCGGGUCUUGGCUGAUUCGUUUCCUGGCAGUGCCCCUUACGAGGGUUACAACUAUGGCUCCUUUGAGAAUGGUUCCGGAUCCACUGACGGGUUGGUUGAAAGCACGGGUUCAGGGGACCUCUCCUACAGUUACCAGGGGCACGACCAGUUCAAGCGGCGCCUUCCCUCUGGCCAGAUGCGGCAGCUGUGCAUUGCCAUGGACCGCUCCUUUGAUGCAGUAGGUCCUCGGCCACGACUGGACUCCAUGAGCUCUGUGGAAGAGGACGACUACGACACACUGACUGACAUUGACUCAGACAAAAACGUCAUUCGAACCAAGCAAUACCUCUGUGUGGCUGAUCUGGCACGAAAGGACAAACGCGUUUUGAGGAAAAAGUAUCAGAUUUACUUCUGGAACAUAGCCACCAUUGCUGUCUUCUACGCGCUUCCUGUGGUGCAGCUGGUGAUCACCUACCAAACGGUGGUGAAUGUCACAGGGAACCAGGACAUCUGCUACUACAACUUCCUCUGUGCCCACCCGCUGGGCAACCUCAGCGCCUUCAACAACAUCCUUAGCAACCUGGGCUACAUCCUGCUGGGGCUGCUCUUCCUGCUCAUCAUCCUGCAGCGAGAGAUCAAUCACAACCGGGCCCUGCUGCGAAAUGACCUCUAUGCUCUGGAGUGUGGGAUCCCCAAACACUUUGGUCUGUUUUAUGCCAUGGGCACAGCGCUGAUGAUGGAGGGGCUACUUAGUGCCUGUUACCACGUCUGCCCCAACUAUACCAACUUCCAGUUUGAUACCUCGUUCAUGUACAUGAUUGCUGGCCUCUGCAUGCUGAAGCUCUACCAGAAGCGGCACCCAGAUAUCAACGCCAGUGCCUACAGCGCAUAUGCCUGCUUGGCCAUUGUCAUCUUCUUCUCCGUCCUGGGCGUGGUUUUUGGCAAAGGGAACACAGCCUUCUGGAUUGUCUUCUCAGUCAUCCAUAUCAUUUCCACCCUCCUCCUCAGCACUCAGCUCUAUUACAUGGGCCGCUGGAAGCUGGACUCCGGAAUCUUCCGCCGCAUCCUCCAUGUGCUCUACACAGACUGCAUCCGGCAGUGCAGUGGGCCCCUUUACACGGACCGCAUGGUGCUUCUGGUCAUGGGCAACAUUAUCAACUGGUCGCUGGCUGCAUACGGACUCAUCAUGCGCCCCAAUGACUUUGCCUCCUACUUGCUGGCAAUUGGUAUCUGCAACCUGCUGCUUUAUUUUGCCUUCUACAUCAUUAUGAAGCUCCGGAGUGGCGAGAGGAUCAAGCUCAUCCCCCUGCUCUGCAUCAUCUGCACCUCCGUGGUCUGGGGCUUCGCGCUCUUCUUCUUCUUCCAGGGACUCAGCACGUGGCAGAAAACCCCUGCAGAGUCCAGGGAGCACAACCGCGACUGCAUCCUCCUCGACUUCUUUGAUGACCACGACAUCUGGCACUUCCUGUCCUCCAUUGCCAUGUUUGGGUCCUUCCUGGUUUUGCUGACAUUGGAUGACGACUUGGACACCGUACAGCGGGACAAGAUCUAUGUCUUCUAGCAGCAUCUGUGGUCCAGGCUUCACCUCACGGGCCCAGCGCCUCUGCAUCACCUGCCAGUUGCCACAAGAGCACCAAGGGUGUGAGUCCCAGCUCUGCUGCCCAGCAUUGGAUGUCGUGGCAAGACAGCGAGAUUCCAGCCAGGGCCUGACUCAGGACAGUUACUGGUGGCACUGAGCCUUGCAUUUGCCUCUGCUGCGGAGGAGGCCUGCUCCGCAUUCCCCAGACACUGGCCAAAUUGCUGCUUUCUUCUCAGUGUUGGGUCCUCCCCAGGACCCUCGUCUGUCCAUCUGUCUUGUGUAUCCACUGGCUCUCCAUUUGUUCCUUUGGAGAGGAAGGCGGGAAGGCAAUGUCCUGUCCCAUUUCACGCCUUGCAUUCUGCCCAUCCCUUCCCUCCUCUUAGCCUCAACCCUUCUUCCCAUGCUCUGCUCCAGGACCAUAGUCUGGUGCCUGAUUCUCUGUCCAGCACCAGGACCUAAGUUCUCCCUGGGUCUGUAGCAGGCUGCUAUCACUGCCCACUCUGGCCUGCCAGGACGGAUGCAGGCAGGAGACUUUGGGAGCUGGCCAGCUGGUGCCAGGCUUUCGGUGCUAAGGCCUCCAAGGGGCCUAGGUACGACCCUCCUCCCUGACCUGUGCUUGGAGCUGGCUCUUCAACAGUGAGGGCCAGCUCAGGUUGAGUCUUUUGAUCUGGGGACUGAAUUCAGAAGUCACCUCAUCCCACCAGCCACUAGAAUGAUGCCAGCACCAGGGUUGGUGGGAAGUGGCAACUCACUGUCCCCUUCCGUACCCUCAGUCCUGCCAAGCCCCAGAUGGGGGCCUCUCAGUGCCAUUGACACUGCCCAAGAAUGUCCAGAGGCCAUGGAAUGGUGCCAAGCACACAGCCCCUUUUGCCUCUUUCAUGGGAGCAGGAGUCCCAGUGCCUGUCUUAGAAAGGGAGGGACAUGCCAGGUCCCUGUGUGUCCUUGGCCCUGUCUCACCAAAGGACUCAGGGCUGGUUUCUGAGUUUCCGUCCAGUAUUUAGCCAAGUUCUGUGUUAGUCACAUAGGCCUAAGAGCCUUGGUGUUUACAGAGUCACCCAGCUCUGGCCCCUGGCCAUUCUGGUCCUUGGUUACCCUUCACUCCACCAGGUCCAUUCCAGAUGCUAAGAGUGGGCCCCAGGAAUGUUUUGUUCUCUCCACCAUGUUUUUAUAGCUCUUGGGCUGGGAGAAGAGGCAGGUCUGGGUCUUUGUUUCUGAGCUUUGUUCUGUGUUCCUCCACGCUAUGGUUGCAAUUCUGUUUUCUAUGAACGAGUGCAUUCAAUAAAGACAACCAGACCUGGGAUCUGGGGUUUCACUCA